AUGGCUUCCCUCGGCGUGACCCCGCCCAUACUGUUGGACCCCCCUACCCCCGAGGACGUCCAAGCCAAUGACCUCCUCAUCAAAGAACUCAAACUGCGAUCCUCGUUUGAGACUGAAACAGCCACAAAGAAACGAGCCGCCGUUCUCACCGAGCUCCAAGCUUUGGCCAACCGGUUCUCCCCCCACGGCUCCAAGUUGUUCACCUUCGGCUCCUACCGCCUCGGCGUCUACUCCCCCGACUCCGACAUCGACGCCUUGCUCGUGUUCCCAAAGAACAUCACCAGGGACCACUUCUUCACCGAGUUCCCAAAAAUUCUAAAGGACAACCUGUUUUCCGAGAUAGUCCCCGUGGUGGACGCCUUUGUCCCCGUCAUCAAGAUGAAGAAAAACGUCUCCAUCGACCUCCUCUUCGCCCGGCUCAGCGUCCCCAAGAUCACCUCCUCCCUCGUGUUGUCCGACGAGGUCCUCAAGACCGCCGACGCCCUGGACAUGCGCGCUCUCAACGGCACCCGCGUCACCGACGAGAUCCUCCAGCUCGUCCCCAAGCCCCAGUCCUUCAAGUACGCCCUCAGACUUAUAAAAAUAUGGGCCAUGGAAAGAGGCAUCUACGGCAACGUCUACGGCUACCCCGGCGGCGUCGCCUGGGCCAUGCUCGUGGCGAGAGUGUGCCAGCUCUACCCCAACGCCGUCGCCGCCACCAUCGUGUCCAAGUUCUUCCAGAUCUUUUCCCAGUGGGCCUGGCCGCAGCCGGUGCUCCUCAAGCCGAUCCUCUCCGGGCCGUUACGAGUGUGGAACCCGUUGCUCUACCCUGGGGAUCGACUUCACAGGAUGCCGGUGAUCACCCCCGCGUACCCCCUGAUGUGCGCGACGCAUAACAUCACCAAAUCCACCAUGGCGGUGAUCCUUGAGGAGUUGGAGCGGGGGAGGUCCCUUGGUUUGCCAGAGUUGCUCGCCCGGCACGACUUCUUCCACCGGUUCCGGUUCUACCUUUGUAUUGCAGUGGCUUCCAAAGGGGAGGAGCUCCACUUCCACGGCUGGUGCGAGUCGAAGAUCAGGUUUCUCGUGGGGAAGCUCGAGGUGGUGCCGGGGGUGCAGCUCGCGCGGCCGUUUCCAAGAUCGUUUGAGCAGAGAGUUGCAACGGCGGAGGCGUUGCAAGAGUGUGGGACCACCACAGGAGAUUCCUUGGAGGCUGGAGAGUACUGUGUCAGUCUCUACUAUAUCGGCCUCGUGUUGUCGGAGAAGGUGCUUGACAUUUCUUCAGGGUGUGCCGACUUCUUUUCCGUGUGCAAGGGCUGGCCGGAGUAUAAGCCGGGGGAGCACUUUGUGUCGAUCAGGACGGUUAAGUUGGCGCAGUUGCUGGCGGCGGUGUACCCGCAGGGGGAGGUGCGGCCGAGGAAGCGGAAGAGGAGGGAGGCGGGGGGGGACAAGAAGCGGGCGAAGAGUGUAGAAACUUAG